UCUGAGUGGCCAGCCUGCAGUUCGAGGUCAAAUCCCGCCUGGGUUACAUAAGUCGUCUGGUGGUAAGCGAUUUUCGCCACGGGCCAGACGGCCUUUGACAUCACCAAUUUUUUGUCGCAUGAUAUCAUCCAGCGUUCCUAGAAUUCCCUAAGCUUGGGAACCCGUCAAUUGAGUUCCUUUAUAUGAGAGGUAUCACUGCCAUUCUUCGGUUUCCAGACAUCUGAGCUGUACAGAAUCUUGAAGUUACCUAGCCUCACCCACACCAGUGGGCUCGUCAUCGAAUCAUGAAGGUCAUCAGCAAGGAGGAAGAGCAGUCCCACUACAACUAUGUGAUCAAGGGCGGCCUCAUCGGCGGCACAGUCGGCCUGACGCUCGCCCUCGGGGGCGCCAUUGCCGCAUCCCGGCGGUACGCCGGAUUCCGCAGUCUCACGCUCCCGUUCCGGUCCUUCCUGGUCUCGUCCGUCACUACCGCCAGCGCCAUCAUAACCGCCGAGCGGUACUCGAUCAACUACGCCAAGAUGCGCGACCCCAUGAGCAACUACAAGGACGCCUCCCAGCGGGCCCUGGAGGAGGCCAGGAGCAAAAACACCGGCGUCCAGAAGUUCGUCGACUGGGGGCGCGAGAACCGCUAUACCAUUGUCGGCAUCAGCUGGAUCGCCGCCAUGGGGAUCGCCAUGGCCAUCGUCAGCCGGAACAAGUACCUGUCGACGAGCCAGAAGCUGGUCCAGGCCAGAGUCUACGCACAGGGCUUGACCCUGGCCGUGCUGGUUACCACCGCCGCCUUCGAGACCGCUGAUGCCAAGAGCGGGAAGGGCCGCUGGGAGACGAUCAAGGUGCUGGAUCCGGACGACCCCGAGCAUAAGCACAUGAUCGAGAAGAGAAUCCACAAGGAGGAAUACGAGGGCCAAGACCUCUGGAAAGAUAUGGUAGCUGCAGAGGAGCGCCGAAUGGAGGCUCAGAAGCAGGCCAAGGCCGCGAUCGCGAAGCAGAACCAUUGAGAAGCCCUCCGUCUCUCCACCUGCCAGGUAGCUUCCCCAUCUAGUCCAGAAGAUGAUUAAUUGCCCGCCUGGGAGAGAUCCCAGUCCGGUGUGGUGCCUCGGGCACCUGAACUUUGUACUUGUACACACAUACCAUCAUCUCCGGUUCAAGGCCAGACACGAACCCUCAACCCCCCACCCCCCCGGAAGGAAAAGUCGGUUUGGCAGGCGUUUCAAGGCGUUUCCUUGUUCUUUGUAUGGGCAAGCAUGGGUGCAUUGAUGGCGAGUUUUGUGGACUGGGCUGGAAUGGCA